AUGGAAGUCGGAGAUCAGACAGAACGCCACGAUGCUUCUACUGAUACUAUAAUUGAAGAAUUAAAAACCCUUGCAAAGUACAUGUUGGAGGCAACUGAAGCCGCUCGACAAAGAACACUUAGUGUUGAGGGCUAUAAGUCUUAUGAGGCUCUUUUGGGUGCUCUUGAAUCGUCAGCACCAGGAACAAAUUGCAUAAAGGAAUCGACGGUUCCUCAAUAUCAUUGUGAUCCUGUUAAUGAGAUCUCAUUUUCAGGAGGCGAUGAAUUAAGGAAAAAAACUCAUAAUCUGCCACUUUUAUUGAAUUUUGCUGAAAAAUCGAAGAAGGGGACAAGGUGUUUAAAGCAAGACAUCUACAACGGUGAGUUAGAUAAUGAAGAGAGUUCCCCUUCAGAAAAAUAUGAAGAUGAUGUUGGUUAUUCUGCUGAAGAUAUCCCUCGUUUGAAUCAAAAUAAAAUUUCAUCAAACACACGUUUGGCAAACUUUGAUUGUUCUGGAGAUUCUGAAGAAAACAUUUAUGAUGGUGUGAAAACACAAGUUAUAUUUAAGGCGGUUGAUCCGACGCUAUAUCAAGAGAUAAGUGGUUGUACUUGGCUUCCCGAACCAUUAUGUAUUCGUCUUGAUACGGGGGAAACGAUUGAAGAUGACAGUGAAGAAGAAACUGCGGACAUUGAUGAUGGGGAAGAUGAUACAAAAUGCAAAAAGAAAAGAGUUUUUCGGGUUCCAUCAUUUCCUUUCGGUGGCGGUGUGACCGAAGGACAAGCACAGUUACUAAGCAAAAUGUUUAGCGAUGCAAUGCGUCGUGGUGGGUUAUCCAAUUCAAUUGGACCAAAGUAUAUUACGAAAAAGGAGUUUAUAAACUAUGAAUAUGAAGAAUGUUCUACAACAGAGAAGUCUCGUGACUCUUUUGUCCCAAAAUCACCUUUUGAGUUUGUGGUAGAGCUGGAGCGAGAAGUUGUUUUUGACGCUGUUCAAGCACGUGAAGAGCGACGUCGCGAAUUUCGACGUCUGGCUGGGGAAGGGAGGGCUCCUGUAACCAUGGGUUCAUUUAAUCUUCGUGUGAUAAUGGAUCCUCUAAAAACUGGGUUUGAGGAAGAAAAAACAUUUCCCAUUGAACGUGGUACAAUUAUCGCAGAUCGUUAUCAAAUUAUAGAGUUGUUGGGAAAGGCAACAUUUAGUCGAGCUGUUCGCUGCUACGAUUUGCAUCAACCGUUCUACGAGGAUGAUGAUGAUGAAAAUGAACCUGAAACUGAGUGCAUUCCUAAUGAUGAUACUGAGGAAAAUAAAUUCACUGAUGGAAAAAAAAGACAGAGAGUCGCCGGUUACGCUGAGGUAUGUCUUAAAAUUAUCAAUAACUCGAAAGAUUUUUUUGAUCAGUCACUGGAUGAAAUUCGUUUGUUGACUCUUAUUAAUAAAUACAAAGAUCCUGAUAAGGUCCAUGUAAUUCGUCUUAUUGACUGUUUUUAUUAUAAAGAGCACACGAUGUUGGUAACAGAGUUACUUUCAGAUAACCUUUAUGAAUAUUCCAAAUACAACCGUGAAGAAGAGGAAACAUUUUACUUUACCAUUCCGCGUCUUCGUCGUAUCGCUCGCCAAAUUGUUGAGGCACUAACUUACGUUCAUAGCCUCAAUCUUAUUCACGCCGAUUUGAAGCCAGAAAAUGUAUUGUUUGUCUCUCAUCGUCGUUGCGUCGUAAAAGUGAUUGACUUUGGUAGCAGCUGUUUUUUGAGUGAUCACCUCAGCUCCUAUAUUCAGAGCCGCAGUUAUCGCGCUCCUGAAGUAAUUUUUGGUUGUGACUACGAUGGACGUAUCGAUGUUUGGUCCCUUGGCGCAAUUUUGGCUGAACUUGUUACGGGUGAAGUACUUUUUACUUCUGAGACGGUUCCUGAAAUGCUUGCUCGUAUUGUUUACGUUUGUGGACAACCCUUCCCACGAAGAAUGUUAUGGGAGGGUCGACAUACCGCCAAGUUUAUAAAUAAGUUUGGCUGUAUUUAUGAACAAGGUAAUAAAGAUGGUGAGGACUCCGCAGAAGAUUCAUCAUAUUAUUACUUAUAUACUCCAGUCUUUCAACCAAGGGAAUCCCAAAGUGUGGAUGAGCAGGAUAUAGAGAAAAAAAGAGAUGACAUUGCUGAUUUGGGAGAUACCAGGGGAUCACUUCUCAAUGAAGGUCCUUAUAGUGUUCUUCGACAAAAGCUUGCGGCUCAUAACGUCACUGAUGAGUCUUUUAUUUCAUUUGUAGAGGCCUGUCUGACUCUUGAUCACAAGAAGCGUCCAAGAAGCAAGGAUCUUCUUUCUCAUCCUUUUCUCACACAGUCCGAUUGA